AUGGGUAACCUGCCCGAAGCAAGGGUCACCGAAUCCCGGCCUUUCACAAACACUGGGGUCGAUUAUUGCGGGCCAUUCUACAUUAAAGAAAGAAGGCACAGAAAUCGAACUCGCGUCAAGGUUUACGUGGCGGUUUUUGUCUGCCUUUCGGUCAAGGCAAUUCAUUUAGAACUUGUUAGCGACCUAACAACCGAAGCUUUCUUAGCCGCACUUCGACGAUUCAUGGCCCGACGGGGCUUCUGCAAAAAUCUAUAUUCAGACAAUGGGACAAAUUUCGUCGGGGCUUGCAACGAAUUGCGAGAGAUCUAUGAACUCCUAAAGUCAGACGACCAUAACCAGAAAGUGAAGGCCUUCCUAGCAAACCGAUCCAUCGAGUGGAAUUUCAUCCCACCCCACGCGCCACACUUUGGUGGCCUGUGGGAAGCAGCGGUCAAGGCUUUCAAACAUCAUCUGACCCGCGUCGUAGGCACUGAGUUAAUCACCUUUGAAAACCUAAAUACGUUAAUCGUUGAAAUAGAAGCAAUCCUGAAUUCGCGUCCUCUAACGCCCAUUUCUAACGAUGCAAACGAUCUCCUCGCAUUAACACCUGGACAUUUCCUUAUUGGCGAUUCCCUCACGAGCCUGCGCGAGCGCGAUUUCACAGAUACUCCCACCAACCGUCUGUCAAGCUGGCAGCACGUCCAACAGAUGAAACAGCACUUCUGGAACCGUUGGCAUCGGGAAUAUUUGAACGAGCUGACCCAGCGCAAUAAAUGGAGCAAGGGCAAUCAUUCAAUCAAGGAGGGCACACUCGUCCUUCUACGAGAGGAUAACAUUCCUAGCAUGCAAUGGGCUCUAGGCAGAGUAACAAAGGUCCACCCUGGCUCCGACGGUAUUGUUCGUGCCGCAACCAUUAAAACGGCCACAGACAUACUUGAUCGGAGCACGAAAAGACUUGUACCUUUGCCCUACCAACCCACUAAAGAGGACGUCAACCCAGUGGACCCGACAUCCAUGGUCGGAGCUGACCUACCAGAAAUUCAACAAAACAAUUAA